AUGAUGUUCUCUUCUUCCAGUUCUUUCUUUCUUUGGCUUCUUCUCAUCUUCUCUGUCACAAUUUGUCACGUUCAAGGGAACAAAGCAUUUACAGGAACAUAUGGAGUAAACUAUGGUAGGAUAGCAGACAAUCUCCCUUCUCCUCAUAGUGUGGUUACACUACUCAAAGCUUCAAAGAUUAAGAACAUAAGAAUAUAUGAUGCUGAUCAUCAAGUCCUCAGUGCAUUCAAAGGUUCAGGAAUUGCUAUUAUUAUUGGACUUCCCAAUGAGUUUCUGAAAGACAUAAGUGUCGGGGAGGAUCGUGCCAUGAAUUGGAUCAAAGAAAAUGUUCAGCCAUUUCUUCCAGGAACUAAAAUCUGUGGCAUUGCAGUGGGAAAUGAGAUAUUGGGUGGCACAGAUAUGGAACUGUGGGAAGUUUUGCUGGCUGCAGCAAAGAAUGUUUACAGUGCCCUUGAAAGGCUUGGUUUAGCACGUGAUAUUGAGGUGUCAAGUCCACAUUCAGAGGCUGUGUUUGCGAAUUCCUACCCUCCAUCUUCAUGCACUUUUAGGGAGGAUGUGCUUCCUUUCAUGAGGCCUCUCUUGCAGUUCUUCUCACAAAUUGGCACUCCUUUUUACAUUAAUGCAUACCCUUUCUUGGCCUAUAAGAAUGACCCAGAACAUAUUGAUAUUAACUAUGCUCUCUUUAAAAAAAAUCCUGGUAUUUAUGAUGCCAAGACUAAACUACACUAUGAUAACAUGUUUGAGGCUCAAGUUGAUGCAGCUUAUGCUGCUUUGGAGAAGGUUGGGUUUGACAAGAUGGAGGUGAUUGUUUCCGAGACUGGCUGGGCUUCUCAUGGGGACCAGAAUGAGGCUGGAGCAACAGUGAAAAAUGCCAAGACAUACAAUAAAAACUUGCGGAAGAGGCUUCUUAAAAAGAAGGGCACCCCUUAUAGGCCCAAGAUGGUUACCAAGGCUUAUGUCUUUGCUUUGUUCAAUGAGAAUUUGAAGCCUGGCCCAACAUCCGAGAGACACUUUGGAUUGUUCAAGCCAGAUGGAAGCAUUGCAUAUGACAUUGGCUUCACUGGACUUGUACCUUCCUCAGCAACUUCCUCUUUUAUUUCUUUCAAGGGUAUUGGAUCUUUAUACGUAAUGGUUUCUACAAGUUGUGCUGUUCUUCUUCUUGUUGUAGCAUUUUAA